AUCCCACAUGUCCUGAACGCAGCAGCCGCAUCUUGUGGGCGGAGAGGUGCAGACCAGUUUACCGGCAGCGGGAUCGAACCUACGGAAUAAAAACCACUGAUCAUUUGUGAGAGGCCCUGCUGGUAUUAAAACGCUGACUGCGAGCAAUCGGGUCUGUGCUCCCGACCUGAUCCGGAGAUGAGCACCGAGAAGACGGCGUACGGGGUGGAGGGGCUCCACUCUCCACCCUCGCUCCCCGGACAGACAGCGUUUCCUGUCGCAUUUGACAUGAACAUGCCAGGCCAGAGCAUGUUUGGAGCCCCUGCUGGAGGUCUAACUGCUCCUGGAGGUUUCCCUGCUCCCAGUGGUUUCCUGGCUGAUGGUGGUUUCCCUGCUGAUGGUGGUUUCCAUGCUCCUGGUGGUUUCCCUGCUGAUGGUGGUUUCCAUGCUCCUGGUGGUUUCCAUGCUCCUGGUGGUUUCCAUGCUCCUGGUGCUCCUGGUGCUCCUGGUGGUUUCCUGGCUCCUGGCGGUUUCCCUGCUCCUGGUGGUUUCCUGGCUCCUGGUGGUCUACCUGCUCCUGGUGGUUUACCUGCUCCUGGUGGUUUCCUGGCUCCUGGCGGUUUCCCUGCUCCUGGUGGUCUACCUGCUCCUGGAGGUCUACCUGCUCCUGCUGGAUUCCUGGCUGAUGGUAGUUUCCCUGCUCCUGGUGGUCUCCCUUUCCCUACACCAAAGGCUUUUGGACCAGGUGUUCCUGGAGCUUUCGGAAUGGCCAACCCCUCUUCCUCACCAUAUUCUCCACCAGGCCAGGGCUUUAAUGCCAACUUCAGUGAUGAUGUUUACCAUAGCGAGGAGGACCCACCACCCUUUCAUGAGAAUCAGGACUUUGAUUUUGGAUUAGAUAACAAGAGCAUAAGAAGAGCCUUUAUUCGAAAGGUAUUCUUGGUGCUGACUGCUCAGCUGAUGGUGACAUUCGCCUUUGUGGCGGUUUUCACCUUCGUGGAUCAAGUCAAGAUGUUUGUCAUGGUGAACACCUGGACCUACGUGGUGUCAUAUGCCAUAUUCUUUGUGUCAGUUUGUGUGAUCAGCUGCUGUGGAAGCGUUCGCCGAAGACAUCCAUGGAACCUUGUUGCGUUAUCAGUCCUGACUCUCAGCAUGUCCUACAUGGUGGGAAUGAUUGCCAGCUUCCAUGACACUGACACAGUGGUCAUGGCAGUGGGCAUCACUGCAGUUGUGUGCUUCACAGUGGUCAUCUUCUCCCUGCAGACCAAGUACGACUUCACUUCCUGUUACGGUGUGCUUUUCGUCUGUUUGAUUGUCCUGAUCAUCUUCAGCAUCCUCUGCAUCUUCAUCCGUGACAGGAUUCUGCACAUCGUGUAUGCUGGCCUGGGAGCUUUGCUCUUCACCUGUUUCUUGGCAGUGGACACACAGAUGCUGCUUGGCAACAAGGAACUGUCCCUGAGUCCAGAAGAAUAUAUCUUUGCGGCUCUCAACCUUUACACCGACAUCAUCAACGUCUUUCUCUACAUUCUUGCUAUCCUUGGAAGAGCAAGGGGAAGCUAGGCAGUAGGAACAACAGGUCGAAAUUCUCAAAGAAAAUUGCUUUGAGUUCAAGUCUAGAAGUGAGAUACCAUUUAUUUUCCUUUUGUCUUGUAGUGUGCAUUGAUCACAUAGUUUGAGAAUAUUUUGCUUCACCCAGUGUAACUGUUUUGGGUUUUUUUAAAUAAUAUAUAUAUAAAUAGACUGUCUACGUUGUACUUUUGGGGUUUAUUAGAGUUUUAUCAGGUAUUUGAUGUGUUGUGCAAAACUUCAUUUUAAUUUAGAAAUCGUAUGCCCUAUGGAAUCAUUAAACGGUAUAAAUAUUUGACACUAGAUUUUUCCAGAGCUUAUAACUGUACACAGUCUUCAAUAUCAGGAGACAUGGACAUUGCAAUUUUAGGACUUCAAAGCCAGAUAGGCUACUUGAGAGCAUUAAGACCUUAUUAUGUGGUUAAUAAAACUCUGGAAAAAGCUAGUAAAUGGAACUUGAGUUGGGAUUAUUUUGUUAAACCAAUAUUUUCUGGGUCAAGAUUGAACAUUCCUGCUUAAACUAUAGGCAAGCAAGGGUGCCAUGAUAUUAAAAAAAAACAACAGAUCCAUCACCAUGACAACUGAGCAAACCACAUCAGCUGGUGAAGACUUCGACAUGUUUGAAAGCCUUAGACAAAGCUAGUAUGCAGACUCUGUUUAGUUUUGUCAAACUACUGUGUCCAACAUGAAACAAACUUUAAUGCUAUGUAUAAAGUUAUUUUCUAAACCUGA